GGUUUGUUUUUUGUCCAUUAUCUUGGAGCAUCAAAAUAACACGCUCUGUAUAAACGCAACCUCUCUUUUUUUUCCCUAUAAAUACAAACCAAAACACAUUUCAUUUACAAUUAACUUCUUCCAUUUCGGAACAAAAACAACAAACUCAUAUUCCUAGAAAACACAGGGGCGACCCAAACCUCAAAAGAACACACUACACACAACCAUGGCAAGAAACCUAAAUGUUCUUGUUUUUGUUCUUCUUGCAAUAGCAAAUCUUCUCCAUGGUUCGUUAGCUCAAAAACGACACGUGGUUGGUGAUACCACAGGCUGGACUAUCCCAAACAAUGGUGCUUCAUUUUAUGUCAACUGGGCUUCAAAAAAUACCUUCACAGUAGGCGACACUCUUGUGUUUAAUUUUCAAACUGGAGGACACAAUGUUGCUAAGGUAACAAAAUCAGCGUUUGAUGGUUGUAAUGGAGCGAACACACUUUCUAUCUUAACAAACGGUCCAGCUACGGUGACUCUGAAUGAAACGGGACAACAAUAUUUCAUUUGUACCGUUGGAACUCACUGUUCUCUUGGUCAGAAAGUUUCAAUUAACGUUGUUAAAGCUUCAACUUCACCUGUUUCUGCUCCUAAACCCAGUGCUUCUUCUCCACCAAAACAAGCACCAGUACAAGCACCAACACCAACACCAACACCAGCACCAGCACCAACCACCACUACUUCCCCAGCUUCAGCACCUGUUACUGGACCUGUCACUUACACAGUUGGUGACAAGAUCGGAUGGACUAUUCCCUCUAACGGUGCCGCUGCUUAUACCGCUUGGGCUUCUGGCAAAUCUUUCAAAGUUGGAGACGUCCUUGUUUUCAAUUUUCCGUUGAAUGCACACAACGUGGAAGAGGUGACAAAGGAGAAAUAUGGUUCUUGCAGCUCAUCUUCUCCGAUUGCAACUUUUAGCAACCCACCGGUGAGAGUCACACUUAACAAAACUGGUGCUCAUUACUUUAUCUGUGGUGUUCCGGGACACUGCUCUGCUGGACAAAAGCUCUCCAUCAAUGUUGGUGGUAGCAGCAGCAGCAGCAGCCCCGCCACAUCACCUUCUCCGGCUGCUUCAUCACCUUCUCCAUCGGCAUCAUCACCUUCUCCUGCUUCAUCACCUUCUCCAUCGGCAUCAUCACCCUCUCCUGCUUCAUCACCGUCUCCUGCUGCCGGUGCUACUCCACCUUCCUCCUCUGCUUCUCCUCCAUCGUCUCCUACCGUUACCCCUGCUACUCAGUCUCCAGGUGGUUCUGUCAGCCCUCCUCCUGGGGACUCCGGUGCCGCAUCUCUUGGAGUUGCUGGAUUAUUUGUGGCUAUUCUCUCGGUUGCUGCAUCAUUUUUCUGUUAGAGAAACGAGAUGAGAUCCUAGUUAGGAGGAUGGAUUGUUUUUGAUUUGUUGGUGUACGUGAUUCUUUAUGUUUCUUUUGUGAUUGAGUUUUUAUUUGGGACAUUAUACAAUGAUGUUAGGUUGAUGUUCUUCUGCUACAGUUUUGGUUUUACAUUUUAUUUUUAUUUUUUAUGAGAAUAAUAGGUGGUGUACGGUUGUGUUAA